GAGUUCAGGGCUUCGAACGGCUUCUGCGCUGCAAAACGUAAAUGAGAAUUAUAGUAACGCGGCUCCCCAGCCGCGGGGACUUUCUGCGGGGGCUGGAACCAGCCUUGGGCAGCUCCGGGCUCUGCCGACACCAGCUCCUGAGCGGAGCCUGCAGGGGUCAGUAACCUUUGAGGAGCUGGCUGUGUAUUUCACGGAGGAGAAGUGGGCUGUGCUGGACCCCCAUCAGAGAGCUCUCUACAGGGACGUCAUGCAGGAGAACUAUGAGAACGUGACCGCAUUGGCAGGUGAUGGGACGCGGAGUGAGAACGAAGUGGGGAAUCUGCCUCAGGAAGGUCCUGAGCAAGUGCAAUGGCACAGAGCAUUAUCAGAGAACAUGUCCCACAGUCCUGAGCAAGGAGACACCUGUGAGAGUCAGCACAGGGCAGACAUGCAGCAGGGAACCCACCCAGGGAACAGACAGGAUAAAUCCACUCACCAGGGGGGCAGUUUGAAAGACCUUAAUAAAGACUUGAUGCAGCCGAGAAUCUGCCCCAAAGAUAAACUGUAUCAGUGUGCUGAGUGUGACAGAAGCUUCAAUCGGAGUUCAAACCUUCUUGUCCAUCAGAGAGUCCACACAGGAGAGAAACCCUAUAACUGCCCCAAGUGUGGGAAAAGCUUCAGUGAUGGCUCAGCCCUGACUAAACAUCAGAGGAUCCACACCGGAGAGACACCCUAUGUCUGCUCUGACUGUGGAGAAAGCUUCAAUCAGAGAUCAAACCUUACUGUACAUCAGAGAGUCCACACGGGAGAGAGACCCUAUAGCUGCCCUAACUGCGGGAAACGGUUCACUCACUUCUCAAACCUUGUUAAACACCAGACAAUCCAUGCGGGAGAAAAACCCCAUAAGUGCCCCAACUGUGGGAAACAUUUCAGAUGGAGUUCACAACUUAUUAAACACCUUGAUUCACACCAGAGAGCCCACAAGGGAGAAGAACCCUAUCGCUGCUCUGACUGUGGGAAACGCUUCAGUUAUAGCUCACACCUUAAUAGACAUCAAAUUAUCCAUACCGGAGAAAGACCCUAUAAAUGCCCCGACUGUGGGAAAAGCUUCAAGCUGAGCUCCAUCCUUCUUGUACAUCAGAGAAUCCACACGGGGGAGAGACCCUAUCACUGCCUUGAAUGCGGGAAAAGCUUCUGUGACAGCUCAGGCCUUAUUAGACAUCGGCGAAUCCAUACCGGGGAAACACCCUUUCAAUGUUCUGUCUGUGGGAAAAGUUUCACUCGGAAAUCGCAUCUUAUUUCACACCAGAGAACCCACACGGGAGAGACACCCUAUAAAUGUUCUGUCUGUGGAAAAAGCUACAAGGUGAAGGUCUCUCUAAUGUCCCACCAGAAACUCCACACAGGAUAGCAUGUGGCAGGAGCUCUCCCUGUGAGGCAACGGGUCUCUGCCCUUCCAAAGCAAAGUAUAAAUAUGCUGCAAUAGCAGAUGGUCUGGGUAGGGGCAGCAGGUGGGCAGAUGGUUUGGGUUUCAGUGGGGAGUGGUUGGUGGAGGCCAGAGGAGGAGAGAACACUGGGUACGGUGGGAGAUGGGUCAUUUCAGGGUCUGGGGAGAGCAGGCAAUGGGAUUAGUGGGGAGACAUUUCUGCAGGUUCCCCAUACACUUUCCAAUGUAGAGAAAAAGUAAAAAUGCUGCAUUGCAGUUUGCGUCUGAGUUGUCUCUGUAGCUCCUAAGCCCUCUUGGGGCAGGGGGAUUUAUUUAGGGAAGCAGCGAGGGGCCCUGUGGGGCCAUAGUGAUAAAGCAGAUUGCUGCCAAUCUGCAGUGACAGGAUAUCAGAGCAAUUCACCGUUUAUUGGAAUCCUCUGCAGACAGGGUGGGGGAAAUUUGGGAAUUCAUGGUGGAGAUUCCCCAGUGAGGUGGGGUUUUGCACUGUUCCUACGAGGGCAGUAUUGUAUAAUAGGGAGAACAGGGGGCAUUGGGACACAGGACUCCGGCUCUGAGAGGGGAGUGAGGUCUAAUGGGUUAGAGCAGGGAGGACUGGGAGCCCUGGGUUCAAUAACCAACUCUGCUAGUGUCUCCUGGUGUGAUCUUGUACCAGCCACCUCCCCUCCUCUCCGUGCAUCUAUUGUUUCAUCCCUACAAUGCACAUACUAGCAGUCACUCACCUCCCCAUGGAGCUAUGAGAUUGUCACUAGUUACUGUGUAUUCAGUGGCUCAGGAGGAAAGAGGCACCAUGGGAGGAAAGUUGCAUUAUUACCAUUAUUGUAAUGCGUUGUAUUAUUAUGUGACAUUCUCCUGUUCCUUGCUGGGUCUCUGUCAGGGGGAGUGUGUUACAGAGCUGAAGGGAAGGGUUUUAGCUAGGUUCCCUUGUCCUUGUUCUCAGGCACAGGCUGUUACACACUCAGAUUAUUCCUGAAACAACUGCCCUGGGUGGGAGUUUCUCCUUGUUUCAGGAUGGUCGGGGAGGGGAGAAGGUCUCGUGUUUCAAGGCAUUCAGGUUUCAGGUUAACCAGCAUUUCUCAGUGAAGUUUUUACAUCAAUGGGUUUUUGAUUUUCCAAAUAAAUUUCCUGGUCAAAUG